GCAGUGUCCAAAAAAGAAGGUUCGCUGAGCAAAAAGAGAGUUAAGUUAGUUAGUGGUUGCAGCUAGCAAUAGCACACACCCCCCCCCUCAAAACAAGGAAGCAAAGAAAGAAAGGGGUCUCAGAGCUCAAGUCAGGCUCAGAGUGUGUCGGCCUCAUAAAAAGCGAAGUGAAAAGACGACGUAGAGGUGAAGGAAACCCAUUGCUUUUCAAUUUUGAGAUGAUGAUGGUGGUGGUGAUGGUGAAUUGGGUUUUGGGCAUUCAAUCAGAGCUCUAGUCGAAAGCAGAAGAAAAUGGAGCAGAUCCAGUUCAAUCCUCCAGGGCUACUGAACAAGGUGCUGAUGAAACAGUUGCUUUUGCUUUGUUGUGUGAUAUCUGUCGCUCAUGCCAAUGUACCCUAUGAUUUACACAAAGCGCCCUCAGUAUCUUCGACAAGUGCACCUUUGGCAGCACCUCCUAUGCCAAAUCUUCCUUUGCCAGCCAGGUUGCAACAUUUCGUGCCGCGUGGUGCUCCCAUGGCAUUUUCACCUGCUCCUCUAAAUGGCCCCUUGAUAACUGCUGCUAAUCCACCGACAACUUCUCAAUUGUCAAAGCCACCAAAGAGCAGUGGCUUAGCACCUCCUCUUGCUGGCUUUAAGAGUAUUGCUCCUCAGUCUAUUGCUGGUUCAAUUCCUCCUGGUUUAGAUAAGCCACCAAUCUCUCCAUCCAGUUCCAACUGUUGCAAACAGAAUAUGGUACUGAGACGAGGAAGUCGGGGUUGCAAUUGUGUUUAUCCCAUAAAGCUUGACAUUCUCCUGUUAAAUGUUUCAACAAAUCCUAAUUGGAAGCUCUUUCUUGACGACUUUGCUAAGCAGCUUGGUCUGGAAGUUUCUCAAAUAGAGCUGAUUAACUUUUAUGUACUCAACUAUGCAAGAUUAAAUAUUUCAAUGGAUAUUACUCCACAUUCAGGGGUCAGUUUCUCUGCCAGUGAUGCAUCUGCAAUAAACUCUUCUCUUGUCAUGCACAAGGUUAAUUUAGACCCUUCAUUAGUGGGUAAUUACAAACUCCUCAAUAUCACUUGGUUUAAGCCUCCACCUCCUUCUCAAGCUCCUGUUGCGACAUCACCAUUGGAAACCCCACCAAAACCAUCACCAGCUCUUACAUCCACAAGUGCUUCAAAUAAAGGGAAACAUUCAAAUUGGAUUCAUAUUAUUGGUAUUGGUGCUGGCAUACUGUUCCUUGCCAUUAUAUCUGUGCUUAUACUUUGUUUAUGCAUAUUCCGUAAAGAGAAGAUUAAAGCAUCUCCUGCAGAAACAGCACCAGAGAAACAGAGGACUGUUGACACAGUUCUACCAGUAGGAUCUCUACCCCACCCUAGCAGCACUCGGUUUCUGGCAUAUGAAGAACUUAAACAAGCAACGAACAACUUUGAAUCUGCAAGUAUACUUGGAGAGGGUGGGUUUGGCAGGGUUUUCAAGGGUGUUUUAAGUGAUGGUACAGCUGUAGCAAUUAAAAGACUUACUAAUGGAGGGCAACAGGGUGACAAGGAGUUCUUGGUGGAGGUUGAGAUGCUUAGCAGGCUGCAUCAUCGUAAUCUUGUGAAGCUUAUCGGUUACUAUAGCAGUCGUGACUCCUCACAAAACUUACUUUGCUAUGAGCUUGUGCCAAAUGGAAGCUUGGAGGCUUGGCUCCAUGGUCCCCUGGGAGUGAAUUGUCGUUUGGAUUGGGACACCAGAAUGAAGAUUGCACUUGAUGCUGCCAGAGGACUUGCUUACCUGCACGAGGACUCACAACCUUGUGUUAUUCACAGAGAUUUUAAAGCAUCCAAUAUAUUGCUGGAGAAUGAUUUUCAUGCCAAAGUUGCUGAUUUUGGCCUGGCUAAACAGGCACCUGAAGGCAGAGCAAAUUACCUUUCUACUCGGGUGAUGGGGACAUUUGGGUAUGUUGCUCCAGAGUACGCCAUGACUGGACACCUACUAGUUAAAAGUGAUGUUUACAGCUAUGGGGUCGUCCUUCUCGAAUUACUUACUGGAAGAAGGCCUGUAGAUAUGUCGCAGCCAUCUGGGCAGGAGAAUCUUGUCACUUGGGCAAGGCCAAUUCUUAGAGACAAGGAUCGGCUGGAAGAGCUUGCUGAUCCUAGUCUUGGAGCAAAGUACCCAAUGGAAGAUUUUGUAAGAGUUUGCACCAUUGCAGCAGCUUGUGUUGCUCCUGAGGCAAGCCAACGCCCCACAAUGGGUGAAGUGGUACAGUCACUGAAGAUGGUUCAAAGGAUCACUGAAUAUCAGGAUUCUGCGUUAACCUCUUCCACCGCCAGACCCAAUCAUAGGUCAUCAACUACCUUUGAGUCUGAUGUAUCAUCCUCGAUGUUCUCUUCUGGUCCAUACUCUGGUCUAAGUGCGUUUGAUAAUGACAACAUCUCCCGGACAGCAUUUUUUUCUGAAGAUCUUCAUGAAGGACGAUGAAUACAAGUCUACGUUAUGUUCAGAACACACUCGACUGUUUGGUAUAGCAGUUUAGGAGCAGUCCCCUCGUGAAGGGGAUAUAGAGAUUCAUUCUUGGAGUAAUGUAUAGGUUUUGUAAUUGUGAUUCUUGACGAAGGGAGGAACGGGUGUCCUUUUGUAGUCCAUUGUGUGGGGAAACCAUUGUCUAAGUUUUUCCGAAGGCAAUGGUUUGUCACAUGUUGGGAUGAAAUUUUGUACAUAACUUGUAAGCUUAUUUUAUGAAAUUGGGGUUAAUGUUUCGUA